GGUAUUAGAGUUGCCAGUUCCGCCCCCAAUUCUGUGAGAAUUAAUCGACCACAUAAAAAAAACUAAUUCCGAGCCCAAACCCCUAGAAUCCUGAGAAUUGAAUCCCUCCUCUUUCUCCGUCUCUCGGACGCUCGGCGGCGGCGGCUCCAGUCCAGGGUAACUGGCGCACGCCACCAAGGGCAAAUCAAGAAGCCAAACAGCAAUUCUGUGGAAGGUGCGAGCCAUCAGCAAGUGUGAUCUUGUGGUCAGAUGGAUUCAAGCAACGGGAAGAGGAAACACAGGGGCUACCUUACUUGGACAGACAAAAUGGACUGGGCUCUCCUCGAUGUUCUUGUCGAGCAUCACAACAAUGGCAAUCAUACAGCAAAUGGAUGGAAGCCACAUGCAUACUCUGCGGCGGUGAAAAAUGUGCGUGAGAAGUGCAAUGUGGAGAUCACGAGGGAUCACGUGCUGUCGAGAUGCAAGACCUUUGACAAGCAUUGCAGUACCAUCAGCAAGUUGCUCGACCGUUCUGAAUUUGGAUGGGAUCGAAACAAGAACAUGAUUGUGAUUCACAAUGAGGAUGCUUGGAAAGUGUACAUUCAGAAAAACAAAGCAGCUGCAUGCUACCGAAACAAAGUUAUCAAGAAUUGGGAUGCGAUAAGUCUAAUAUUCUCCAGAGAUUAUGCUACAAGCGAAGAUGAGAGUGCAGGCGCUGAGAAUGCCCAAGAAAUGGCAUUGAAGGGUGCCGAGGAUGUCCGGGAGCUUAUUCAAAAUUCACCUUCAGCAUCUGAACCUAGCAGUCAAGACUCGGGUGGAAUGCCGACAUCAAUGCAACCCACUCUACAGAGCACGAGGAGGAAGAGGUUCAGAACAGAUGAUGCACUCUUUUGCAUGUCUGGGAAUAUCAAGAAUUCAUUUCAGAUAUCUACGAAGCCAAAUGAACCUCGAGAGGAACCAGCGAAUGCAUCUCCGAAGGAAAUCUUUGCGGCACUUCAAGAGAUACCAAACUUAGGACGGGGUGAUCUGCUAAGGGCCUACUGUAUUCUCACUAGCAGCGACCGCAAGUUUGAAUCCCUUGUGGCACUUCCCAUGGAUAUGAGGAAGGAUUGGUUGAUGUUGGAAAUUGGCAGGAAUUGAAGCUUAGUAGUUAUGGCAGAUUUAUCAGUAGUCUUGUAGUAUCAAACUGUUAGCUUUGUCCAAGAUAUUUGCUACUGCAAUGCCUGAUGUUUAACUGUCCUACUUCUAUCUAUGCAAGUACAGAAGUCGCGUGUUUUGGAUUC